AUGAUCUACCUUUUUCUAAUAAUUAUAUUUGUCUUAGAAAAGUUAACUUUUUCAUUAAAUAAUAAAAUAAUAGGGGUACCAGAAGUUGAAUGUACUCCACAAGAGAUUACUGUAUGGUUUUCAACAUUAAAAAUUUUUAAAGGAAAAAUAUAUAGUAUUGGAUAUAAAAAUGAUUCUGAAUGUAUUGGUAAGCAUACUGGUAUCAAAAUAACUUUUAUACAUAUUAAACGAAAUUCAUGUGGUAUGAUUGUAGAAAAAGAGGCAAUAACAAAUAAUUGGAAAUUUUCCAUUAAACUAACUGUUUCAUUUAAUCCACACUUUACAACAAAAGCAGAUCAUUCUUAUUUAGUUACAUGUAGAUUUAAAUUCAUGCCAAAAGUUAAUCUUCCAGUUACAACAAAACCAUCAUAUCCUAAAAUAUCAAAUGGGAUAUUAGCUUGUUCAUAUAAAAUAGUAAAUAAAACAUUAGGAACUCAUCAAUAUAUUUGGAAAUGUCCAGAACCUUUGAAUUUUGGUAUUUGUUUAAGACUUACUAAUUGUAAAGUAAAAAAUAAAAUUUCAAAUAAAAUUGUUGGAACAAUUAAUUCUUUUGGAUGUGCAAGUAACAAUAAAUAUAGUUUAGAUUAUUCACAAGUAAAUUUAUUAAAAAUAACAAAAAUAGUGUCAAAAAAAAUUUUUAUUGAAAACUGUAAUUUAGAGUUACGAAAAAAGAAAAAUAAUUCAUGUCCGCUUCCUGUUUGUUAA